CCGACGUUGCAGUAAUGGAGGAAGUGAGAGUGUUUCCCCUGACCUGUGCCGUGCAAAAUUAUGCAUGGGGGAAAAACGGAUUGGACAGCGAAGUGGCCAAACUGGUGAGUGGCGGAGAUCCACUCGCCGUGAUAGAGGAUGGCAAGCCCUAUGCAGAGCUGUGGAUGGGCGCCCACCCAAAAGGCGAUGCCCAGAUUAAAGACAACAGGAUUGUGCAGACCACACUGGGCCAGUGGAUCGCCCACUUCCCUGCCUGUCUGGGCUCCAAGGUUAAGGACACCUUCCAGGGUCAGCUGCCCUUCCUCUUCAAAGUGCUCUCUGUCAACACAGCUCUGUCCAUACAGGCCCACCCCAACAGAGAGUUAGCCGCUCGUCUCCAUGCUCAGUUUCCGGAACACUAUCCAGACGACAACCACAAGCCAGAGAUGGCCAUUGCACUCACCCACUUCCAGGGCCUCUGUGGCUUCAGACCAGUGGAGGAGAUCCUGGGAUUCCUUAAAUGUGUCCCAGAGUUCCAUGCUCUGGUGGGUAACGAGUCAGCAGUGGAGCUGCGGUGCAGCAUGGGAGAUGCAGUGCGUACAGGCCAGGUUCUGAAGAAGUGCUUCACCAGGAUGAUGAACUGUGAGAAGAAGGUGUUUGUAGACCAGCUCAACAUGCUGGUGAAGAGAGUCACAGAGGAGGGUGCAGCAGGGAAGGAUACGUCUGGCAGCAACGGUGACCUACUGCUCCGUCUCCAUUCCCAGUAUCCUGGAGACAUUGGCUGCUUUUCCAUCUACUUCCUCAACCAUAUGUCGCUGGAUCCUGGUCAGGCCAUGUUCCUGGGAGCCAAUGAGCCUCAUGCUUAUCUUUACGGAGACUGUAUCGAGUGUAUGGCCUGCUCAGACAACACUGUGAGAGCCGGUCUCACACCGAAAUACAUCGACGUCAACACGCUGUGUGAAAUGCUGAGCUACAGCCCUGCCCCCGCCAGCGCCAAAAUCUUCCCUUGUGUCCAGGAUGCCUCAGAUCCCUUUGUGUCACUGUAUGACCCCCCAGUGCCGGACUUCACCGUCAUGAGGAUACAGGUCCCAGCCUCAGUGAAGCAGUACACUUUAGCCCCAGUCGACAGUGCCAGCAUCGUCCUGGUCAUCGAAGGCGACGCCACGGCAACCUCAACUGCUGCUCUCUCUGAUGUCCCACUGAGGCGGGGCACCGUCCUGUUUGUCUCAGCCAACGAGAGUGUGUCCCUGCACAUCACGUCCCCGUCAGGGAUGAACAUGUUUCGAGCCUGCUGCCUCCUGUAGUUGUGAGUCUGUGUCUGUGUGUAAAACCUCAUACUCCCUGUGCUCAAGGGUGCUGGACAAAGGACAUACUUAGAAUUAAAGUAAAAUAUACUUACUUUUCAGUUUAUUAGGUACACCUAGCCAAUUGGACCUGAUGCAGUCCAACACAAAACUGCAAUAGAGCGUACCUUAUGAAGUUCAUAGUGUUCAGUUUGUGUUUUGUUCAUUGCUGUUUGUGUCUUUUAACAGGACCAUGUUCUUUUCUUUUAACUGAGCAACUUUUCAGUAAAAUGUCCGUCCAGCACAGAGAAACAUUUCUCUUAUUGACCUCUUUUUAUGAAACAGCUGGACAAAAUAAUGGACACAUCUCUCAGUGUCACACAAAACUGCAGCCUCCAAAAUGAGUCUAAGUUUAUUUCUAAAACAAACACUGACUAUAAGUCUGCAUAAGUUCUAACUAGGUUUACCUAAUAAACUGAAAACUGAACCUUGAUAUUUUUAUGAGGACGUUCAAGUGAUCAAAUCUUGAGAAUUAAAGUUCUUGACCUUGAAAUCAGCAGUUGAGAAAACAAUCUUAGCUGAAGUCCAUUUAGUUACUGUGCUCAGAAAAAAUCAUUUCUACAACGUCUCCGUUCAAUAAGGGAAACACGACCUGCUGAUGAAGAUCAAUCUCCACAACUAAUAAACUAACCUUUUGUUGAGGUAUCUUUUUUAUUGGGAACGGUUCAUCGUCCUAACUGUUUCCAUUUUUAUUCUAAGCACAGCGCCUGCUGUACAUUCUUAUAAUUUUCAGUCAGAGAUGACAAUCACUAACAGCGACCUAUUAAAAGACCAGGGUAGGGGACAGAGUCCUGCUCGGGUCCAUUAUUACAAACCCGCCCACGCCCACAAAGCUCUGAACCAGACUCGACCUGUUACCCGCAAUUAUCAGUCAAAUCAAGUCUUGCGACAUGACUCAUCACCUGUAAUUAAACACAUGCUACAUAUACAUCCCCUCACAUCUUAUUCCUCCCCUUGAGUUGUGGCUUUAAAAGUUGCGGUUCUUUUUGCUAGCAAAAAUUCAACUGUGAACGUAUUCACCACCAGCUAUUUCUGUCUUUGAUGUGAUUCAUCUUCAUGUGCAAGCGACUUCCCUGUGGGCUGUGACAGUUUUUUCAUGGAAGUGUAGGUGUACACAACAAAACAAAUCAUUGUAGCUGACCAGCUGAUUUAUCCGUUAAAAAAAGAACUGCAUAAUCGUUUAGAUGUCUGAUUCCUCAUUCUCAUCUGAUUUAUCUUUAAAGCCCUGUCUGUGAACUUAUAUGAAAAUAUUUUUUAGCGUUACUCAGCCCCUCCGCAGGUUACCCGACCCGGUGCAGGACUCUAGUAGGGGAUACGUUCAUGCUGGUGCAGUACACCACCACUCACUGCUUGUACGACUAUGUCACCACACCGCUGACGAAUAAGAAUGUCUGUCCAGGACCACCGGUGCAUUUACCUGCUUUAUCAUUUAAACUUGAACAAGUAGAUAAUACACAUUCUUAUAUCAACAGCUGAGAAUAUAUAGUGUAAUACAACUAAGAUGCCUGUGCAUGUUUAAUUUAGGAACUUCUUUUUCUGUGACAGUCACACUGAUGCUGACCCUUUGGAGUAUUAAAGCUUUUAACAGUUAUCAGCGCAUGUUAAUGGUUUGGAAACUUCACAUCCAAGUAGUAAACAAUCCUAAAGUAAAUAUAAAAUAAAAAACAGGACAGGCCUCUAGCGACAACUGUCACAUUAAGCAUGACUACAUGGGAACCAGGAAUGCAUCUUCUAUAUGACUAAAAAUGCAGACUGCUGCUUGUUACAUAGGUGAAAAACUUUGGUCCAAGCCCGGCCACUCAUCCUCAUAUUGUAAAAUUGUACGACUAAAUGUUGUAUUUAGUUUUUCUAUUAUCAAACAUGUCUGUAUUUGAAGCAACAUUUCUUUAGACUUUGUAUGUUUUGUUGUUUGUACUGAUCUGUCAAUGAUGCAUUAUAUACUGAGAAAAUAUCCCUGAACUGGCUGCAGUUUUUACCUGUACAUCAUGAAAUCAAUGAGGUAGUGAUUUAUCUUUACUAUAGACUUUACACGUCGGUACAUUGUUUUAUCUAGGUUAUGUCAACAUGGUGCAGAUCUCCAUGCGAGGGUCGAUUUGAAUUCAAUCAAUCAUGAUGUCAUGGAUUUUCUUGUAACAUUUUUUUAUAAUUCAUCUUUAAUCCAAUAUUUGAGAAUGAAGCCUUCGGACCUAGCAGUAAAUAAAAACUCUUCUUUAAAGAUUGACCCAAAUGACUCACCAGCGUAUUGAGCCGAGCUCCACUGAAGCCUUUACCGACUUCAUGACCAUGUCAGUAAUGUGGGUUGAUCUCCAAGCUUAUCCCCAAUGCACUAACCCUUUAGUUAUUUGUUUGUGCUCAUACUGUUGGAAGAGAAUGGAAGAAUAUUAGAGACUAGAAACAUGUUAACAUCAGUGCAGAUGAAAGAAAUGUUAUUCAGCCUUCCAUAUCUUUAAAAACUAAAACAAACUAUUUGCUAACUUUUAUAAUUGAUUUGAAGGUGUCACUGUUUAAAAAAAGGGAUUUUGAGUUUUAGCCUUUAAUCUGGCACAUCUUUCCUACUGAUGUUAUUUCAAGUCAUCUUUAUAGUUCUAUCAUGUACUUUGCACAGAGAUCUUGUCUGAUUUUUUGUUUAUUUUCUUAAUUUUUUUCUUUUAACUCAUGUCCUUCAUAUGCACACAAUUCUGAAGGCCACAGUGGUUUAUUUUAAUUAUUCUAUUCAUCUAUUGUUAGACGAUUGCUUGGAUAUUUCUCUAGUGAGGGCAUGGUUAAGCGUUGUUGAAUAUGGUGAUGCUGUAGCAUGGGCCUGCAGAGAACGUGUAUGCAACAAUGGUUUAAUAAAACUUGUUCUGUUCCUUAA